GGGUGCUGGAGACGGGGGGGGGGAAAAAAGAUCCAGUCUCUGCCUCUAGCUUCCGGCGUUGCUUUGGACAGGGCAACAGCACAGUCGCUGUGUGAAGAGAGUGCCCUCUCCCACUGGGGUUGCUGUGUGCAGUAGGAGUCCAGCCAGCCAGCCAAGAUGUCCAAGAAGGAUGAUCCACGGGACAUUGACGAGGAUGCCAUCCUCAGGGGUCUCAGCGCAGAGGAGCUCGAACAGCUGGAGUAUGAGCUGCAGGAGAUGGACCCCGAGAAUGCCAUUCUGCCAGCUGGGUUCCGCCAGCGAGACCAGACCAAGAAGAGUCCCACCGGCCCCUUUGAUCGUGACGCUCUGCUGGAGCACCUAGAAAAGCAGGCGCUGGAGGUCGAGGAUCGCCAGGACCUGGUGCCCUUCACUGGGGAGAAGAGAGGUAAGGCCUUUGUUCCAAAGCCUGGCACAGGGCAGAUUCCUGUUGAGGAGCAAAUCACCUUGGAGCCUGAGCUGGAGGAAGCCUUGAAGAAUGCCACAGAAGCAGAGAUGUGUGAUAUUGCAGCCAUCCUGGGAAUGUAUACCCUGAUGAGCAACAAGCAGUACUAUGACGCUCUAGGUUGCACCGGCAAGAUCGCCAACACAGAGGGCAUCAACAGUGUGGUGAAGCCGGACACUUACAAAAUCUACCCAGACGAGCCACCCAACCCCACCAACGUGGAGGAGACCCUUCACAAGAUCCAGAAAAAUGACAGCAGCCUGAAGGAAGUCAACCUUAACAACAUAAAGGACAUUCCCAUCCCAACACUGAAGGAGAUCUUCAAGGCCAUGAACAACAACACUCAUGUCAAGACCCUGAGCAUCGCUGCCACCCGCAGUAAUGACCCUGUUGCCACGGCAGUGGCUGAGAUGCUUGAGUCCAACCAGACCCUGAAGAGCCUCAAUAUUGAGUCCAACUUCAUCACUGGAGAGGGAAUGCUGGCAAUCAUCAAGGCCCUUUCCGAGAAUACAACACUGACCGAGAUCAAGAUUGACAACCAGAGACAGAAGCUUGGAGACUCAGUGGAAAUGGAGAUCGCUGCAAUGCUGGAGAGCAAUCCAACCAUUGUGAAGUUUGGCUACCAUUUCACCCAGCAGGGCCCUCGUGCCCGUUCCGCCAUGGCUAUCACCAGAAACAACGAUGUCCUUCGCCAGAAAAGAGUAAGAUGAGAAAAGCUGAGGCAGAGCCCUCCCCUGGUGACUGAUUGGUCUGCUGCCCAACCCACAAUGCCUCUGUGCCUUAUUGCUGCAACAAUCACCCACUGCUUCAUCUUCACCAGCUGUCUGUGAUGCACCCCAGCAAUCAUGCAGCCAUCCAUUGAAACUUAUGUACAGCUAGCUCUCCUGCCAUUGGUAGAAAGUGUUUUGUCCCUCUCUAUCUGUCAGAGAAAUUCAUUUCAGCAAUUGCUCAGUGCUUUUGGUGGCCACAGCUUUUCAUGUGUUUCACUCUCUGUAGGAAAUCCUUUUUUUGAAAUGCAGUCAUUCUUUUCACAUAGAUCCAUUGAUGGGUUACUUUGGGGUACAAGGCUCCAAGACCACCCAAGGAUUACAAAUGACAACAAGAUAUGAAAAUGCCACUUUGAUAUACCUCCAGAAAUAUCCCCACGUUCAUGCCAAGUCUUGAAGGGGUGUUCCAGGAACUAACAGGGGUGACAGAAGUACUGUGUUCUGUAAAUAAUUUGAAUAAAAAAAUGUAAAUUCUU